AUGACCUAUCAUGCCCCAAGGAAUUUACGGAAAUCAACUGUGACGUAUGGAUUCUACUGCCUGCAAGGAGGCACUGGCUAUGGUUUUUACAACUCUACUUCGUACAUAUCCUUGCUUGGGCAUUACUACCGAGCGAGCUUCGGUUUCCACAAGAACAAGUCAUUGCAGGAAUAUGUGAUUGUACAGUACCAGCAGCCGCAGCUGCUAAUCGUUUCUCAGACACCGGUUGACGAUGAGAGAAAUCUUCAGUUUUAUUACGCCAAGCGUGACAGUACACACUCCCUUGAUACAUCGUCGUGGCCUCUUUCUGGAAACAGUCAAAGCUUCUCCACUCCCUUUUUCUUCCCAUUCCUCCCACAGCAACCAGCUCGUCCCGCGACGCCCAUUCCAAUCCUAAUCCUAAAGCCCUCUCUUUUCCCUUUGUACUUCAGAAGUCGCAACUCCUCACGACUUCUCCAACCAACCCUCUCAUUCAAGACGAGCCCGUCCAACACCAUGGCUUCAGGAUCAGGUGUCGAAUCAGGAGCUGAAGGUCCGAAGUCGGCUUCUGGUGCUUCCUCUGGCAUUUCGGGCUCGGCCCUCCAUCGUCCCUCAUCGCCUACUCCCCCCGGUGGACCUCGCACGGCUAUGCGCCGUCGCGCUGCUGCAGAUCACAAGGAAUCUAUCCGGAAUGCACGUCCUGCAUCAACACGCUCCGCUGGUGCGGGCGGCUCCUCGGGUACAAUGCUGAAGCUGUAUACAGAUGAGAGCCCUGGCUUGAAGGUUGAUCCUGUCGUCGUGUUGGUAUUGAGCCUGGGUUUCAUUUUCUCUGUUGUUGGGUUGCAUGUCAUUGCCAAAAUCUCGCGGAAGUUCGCAUAA